AACAGUCGCUAUGAUCGGAGGGGGUCAGUAGUCACUCCUUUGAGCUUCGCCACACACACGCUUCGCCGCCGCGCUUACCCUUUACGCUCACGGCCAGCUAAUCACAGCCCUUUCGCGCUGUGCUAUUCCGCUUCUUUUCCUUUUGUUCGCCUCGCACCGCUUCUCCCUCUCCUUAAGUAGGUAGUGUACAUACACCACGUCCACUAUCAUGGACGGCCAACAAGCAAAGACCUCAGAGGAGUCCACCGUGCAGCAGUCGAUGGAGACCGGGCACCCCAGCAAGACCCACAGCGAGCCCAUCCCGAUGCGCCGGGUCACCUCCCAGCUGCCCCAGCGGGAGCGCGCCGCGACCGCCGACCCCGAACAUCUCGCCAAGCGCCGCUCGAAACGACAGUCUCUGCUCGAACCACCGCGACCCGUAGGCCCCGCCCCGAGCUUCAUCCAGAGCCUGAAGUCGAUCAUCCUGGCCUCUUACCUGAAUAUCCUGCUGAUUUUUAUUCCCCUCUCGUGGGCGUUCAACUUCAUACCUGCAGAGAAGAUCGGCACGGGCAACACGAAGGAUACGCUCACCUUCGUCUUCUCCUUUCUUGCUAUCAUCCCGCUCGCAAAGCUCCUCGCUUUCGCCACGGAUGAACUCUCAAUGCGUGUCGGCCAGACGCUCGCGGGUCUCCUCAACGCCACAUUAGGGAAUGCCGUUGAACUGAUCGUUGCGAUCAUCUCGCUUGCGCACUGCAAAUUGGACCUCGUUCAGUCUUCACUGAUCGGCUCCGUUCUGAGUAACCUUCUCCUCGUCCUCGGGAUGUGCUUCUUCGCCGGCGGUCUCAAGUACGCGGAGCAGGGGUUCGGUGUUAGCACUACGCAGCUCAACAGUUCCCUCCUGACGAUCUCGGUCAUCGCCGUCCUUCUUCCCGCUGCCUACCAUCUCGCACUCACGGACGACAAUGUGAACAACGACCAGGAUCAGGGGUCGCCGAUCCUGUCGUUGAGUCGCGGGGUUUCUAUCAUCCUGCUCUUCAUCUACGGCGGCUACCUCUGGUUUCAGCUCUACUCGCACGCGAGCAUGUACGAUGACAAGCACGGGGACAUCCAGAAGACGAACAAGUAUGCGCCGCGGGAGAAGAAGCUGUUCGACUUCAAGAAGAACAAGGGUGGCGAGGCGAAGGUCUCCUCCGUCGAGUCGCGCACGGGCACGCUCACGAGCCGCACACCGAUGAUGACUGAGGCGACGAGGGUGGAGAGCCCUAACGGCGGCUCGGCACUGGGCGGUACGCUUGGUGAGGCACCCCUGGCGUCCGCGGACACGGCGCAUGCGACCGAUCUGGAGGCGCAACACGAGGAGGACGAUGAGGAGGAGGAGAUCCCGCAGCUGAGUCUAGCGAUGUGCCUGUUCUUGUUGAUUGUGGUCACUGUGAUCAUCGCCGUAACCGCCGAAUGGCUCGUGGACUCUAUCGAUGGCAUGGUUGAGGGCGGCGGGAUCAGCGAGGAGUUCGUCGGCGUCAUCCUCUUGCCGAUCGUGGGCAAUGCGGCGGAGCACGCUACGGCUGUGACGGUCGCGGUCAAGGACAAGCUGACCCUGUCCAUGGGUGUCGCUAUGGGCUCGAGUAUUCAAAUUGCUCUCUUCGUCAUCCCGUUCAUCGUCACUCUUGCCUGGAUCAUGGGCAAGCCCUUGACGCUGCUGUUCGACCCGUACCAGUCUAUAGUCAUGUUCUUGUCAGUCCUCGUCGUGAACUACGUCGUCCAAGACGGAAAGUCAAAUUGGCUAGAAGGCUUCAUCCUCAUGUGUCUCUACGUUAUCUUGGGUGUUACGUUCUGGUUCUAUCCUGGGUCUAACCUUUCCGCCUUCCUCCCCGAGUGCAAGUAGUCCGCCAAUAUACCCUUCGCCUUGUCGACAUGCUCUCCUGCCCACCCCCCAACGCGAUAUCUAUACACCGCCCGCCGUGUUGGCAGCCUACUACUUAUAUAGAGCACCUCGCCGCUGACGAUCGUACCCCUCGAGGACGUGACGCCCUGAGUCUGAGCCUAGGUUUUCGUGUGGACUUUUUGCUGCUUUGGAUCACCUUUAUGAAUAUACGCUUACUAGUAAAAUGCCUAGACAUUCUUAUUGCGGCUUGUGGCUGCUUAAGCUA